AUGCUGAAGAAGGGAGGCAACUCCCGCAUCAGAAUCGCCCGACAGAACGACUACGAUGCUCGACGCUACAACCUACGGCACCGGUACAUCACAUAUCAGCCAGGCGACAAAGUCCUCGCAAGCCCCAGCACUUCGACGGGGAAGAGAAAGCUGCUGUCUUUGAAGACGAAGCGCGCCAUUUUGGACGAAGUGCGUCAAAACGUCAAGAAGAGUGCUAUCGCACGGAAGUUUGACAAUGCACAGUCCACGCUUUCAACAACAAUCAAGAAUGGUAGCAAGAUCGACGCCGUUCUCGAUGCCGACGUUGGCAGCAGGGACCGAAAGAGGAUCCGAUGCCCCACUUACGGCGACGUAGAAGCCGCGCUUUACAAGUGGUUCGUGGACGCGCGAUCGAAGAACAUCCCGCUCAGUGGACCCAUAAUUCUGGCGAAGGCUAAGGACUUGGGCUUCGCUCUCGGCCACGAGAACUUCCAGCCAGGAAAUCGGUGGCUCCAGAGAUUCAAGGACAGGCACAACAUCACAUGUAAAAACUUCGUCGGGGAGGCUGCGUCCGUUGACCAGGCAUCGCUCCAGCAGUGGAUGGCCAAGCACCGCAAUCGUAUCCUUGCGUAUUCCGACAAGGACAUCUACAAUGCAGAUGAAACUGGACUAUUUUUCCAACUGCUGCCAUGGAACACUCUCGCGGCCAAGACAGACAAGUGCAUGGGAGCAAAAGACGGCAAAAACGGUGUCACCGUGCUAAUCUGCGUGAACAUGGAUAGUUCGGACAAUCGAGACCAAUUGGUCAUUGGAAAGGCCAAGAAACCACGCGGUUUCGCCAAGGUGCUGUCUAUGCCAGUGACGUAUGUGAACAAUAAGAAGGCAUGGAUGACGCGAGACAUUUUUGGCAAGUGGCUCGCCGACUUCGACAAGGAGAUGGUACGAAAGAAGCGCAAGGUGCUGAUGUUGCGUGACAACUGCAGUGCGCAUCACGUCAACGCACACUUGAGCGCUGUAGAGGUUUUGUUCCUGCCCCCAUACACUACCGCCAAGCUGCAGCCCAUUCACCAGGGGGUUAUUGCUAACUUUAAGGUCCACUACCGGCUCCGAGUGAUCGAGCGCCUCCUGAUUGAUGUUCACACUGCCGACAGCGUGGCCGGCAUGAAGGUGCCUUUGGUAAAGGCGACUUUCUUCGCAAGCGGAGCCUACAGGGAUGUGAAGCACCUGAUCAUCGCCCACUGCUUCGAGAAAGCCGGCUUCUCCCGAAGCAGCAGCGCGGAGGCGGCGUCUGCUGGGGACGAAGUUACCGCGAUUGACGUUGCUGCAACCGCUGAUGCUGCCGCCGCGACGGCCUGCUUGGAGCAGCUUUGGGAUUCCGCUAGCGACUUGAACCUUGUGCCUGCGGGUCUAAGCCGCAUGUACUUUGUUUUUGCCGACGAAGACCUUGUUGCCACCGAGGACUUCACGACUGAAGAAGUUGCCGGGAGUGUCAUGGAAGAGACCAUGGCGGACAGCGUCUCCGACAGGGAAUGCGACGAUGCUAGUUGUGCCCCUAAGCCGGUCACCUACGCAGCGGCCAUCGCAGCUGUUGAUACGCUACGGAUACACCUCAGGAGUCCGCAGUUCGACCAGAUCUUUGAUUCCCUGCUCCAGAAGCUGCAAGUUGUGCCGACGCCAGUGCUUCUACAAGCGUGCCCGUGGCGUGGCGGAUGCGGCGAGGAAUCCCUGGUACAUGUAGGCAGGACUGUCAGCUGA